GGAAUCAACCCCCCACUGCGCUUAAUGCACCUGUGCCUACGUUGUACCAUUCACCAUCCUCCACGAUAGUGGAUGCGGGCGAUAAGUAAUUAGCCGAUGUUGAUGCGGCGGACGGGAAUGCCACUGACCAAAUCUCCGGUUGACCAACGUCUUCAACACGCGUCGUCUUCUUCUUCCUCUCAUAAACCGCACCACCUCGACUAUAUUCCUUUGCACACUCUCCUCCACUCAGUAUUCUUCAGAAUCUGGGCAUUAGGGCUUCUUCUUUUGGGUUUCUUACCAAGGACUCAUUCGCCCACGGAGUUGUGCUCUCAUCUGCUUUGAGGUCUCGUUGGUUGUUCCCAGAGGACACGUGAAAACAUCAAAAGGCUGAUAACCACAUUCUGUAUCUGCCCUUUCUCUUCUUCUUUUUGUCUGAGUUAUUGGCUACCUUAUCCUAUCCGGAGACAGACUGGAAGACCACGAGACCAGACCGGAGCUACACAGGAAACUUGCUACCAUGGAUGCAACAUCGCCCGCCAAGCGACGCGCCCUCGCCCCUUUGGACGCGAACGCGAUAUCUCCCAACCCGAAACUCAACGCCAAGGCACCGCUGCAGAAACUCCAGUUACCACCACGGUCCCCCUUUGGGCUUAAGCGGCCGCUGCAGGUUGUGGGGUUGGGUGAGAAUAUCCGGGUGAAGAAACCGUGCCAGGAACCUCAGCCGCGAUCACAGCCUCUACCCAUUUCAACGAACGAGAGGUUACGAUAUAUUGCCAUGCCUGCCACUGCCGCUGGACAACAUGAGGAUGAUGUUCGGGAGAGAGAGACAGUACCUACGGUUCGAUUUCCCUCCGAUCACCACCAAACCCAAGAACAACAACGGCCAGAGUCGCAGUCACACCCGGCAACAUCACAACAGGAUCGUUCAGUCUCUCCCGACGCGUCCUCGGUGUUUGAUAACAGCGUCACCGAGACGUCGCACGAUACAUCCCAAGACACCACCAUCACGGAGCCAGAUUCCACACAACAGGGGUCCGCAUAUCAACCGUCCAUUCUGCAGCCCAGGAGAUCCACGCCACCCAUGACGCGUGAAGAAGCUCGACAGAAAGUCGAGUCACUACGACUCCGGCUCGGUCUCGCCAACUAUAAGCUCCAGACAGGACAGGCGGAUAUUCCCCUGGAGAGACUCCAAGCCAAGCCCAUGCCCGGGCGUCAGCUGCGACGGUCCGCUUCUGGAGUUUGGACGGCCACCACCACCGCCACCGCCAACGCCAACGGUCAGAACCCUCGGUCUAGUCAGAGUAGCGAGGAAGGCGGCGAGAGGCACGACGUAGGUCAUCGCGAGGACGGCGCACGGGAUCGAGCUUUCGGACCUAACCCGCGACGCAUCGCCAUGCCGUCGAGGAUGGUGAGGAUGAGUCUCAUGAACCGUAUGCGCGGCGCGUCGUCGUCCCCCCGUGAAGGGCUCGCGGCCGCCGUUGGACGCGCAGGAGCGGAGGCGGCCCGGCGUUGAUCACGUCUGUUUUUCUUUGCCGCUUCUCUCUGGGGGUUCAUGUUCGGCGCUUUUCAGGCGGUUGGCUUUCUGUCUUUGACACUGCAUAGGUUCGUUCACCGGACAGGUAGAGCUCUGGUGGGAAACCCGGAUAGGAAGAUGUAGGUAGCUGCAUAGGUGCCUCACAAUCGAGAUACUGGAAGAC